UCUGAGAGCCUUAACUCUUUCCCACUGGUACCCGUUGGAUUUGAAGCGCCGGUAGGGUUCGCGACCCAACCCUGACGGCCGCGCCACAGCUCCUGUGCGCACGACCGCGCGUCUUCCUUGGAGGGUGAUUGGUGGGGCUCCGUUGUUUCCAGAUUGUAGCCUUCGAGACCCCGGAUGUGGAUCCCGCUCAAGUGUUCCCUUAGUUUCUGAGUCUGCCUAAAGCUGGAAUUGAGUCACCUUCAAGUACCUGGAAUUGAGUCACUUUCUAGUAGACGUCCGCCGCGCUCUACUUUCUGUGUGGAUCCUCGCGCCCCGCCCGCUCGUCACCGUUCAUAAAAUACCAACCACGAGCAUCUCACCCUCACAGGACCGUCCGAAUAGUUUCUCAACUGUCAGUCUACAAAAGAGGAAAGGUUGAAGUGGGCCAUUUCAGUGGUCUUGAUUCUAUGCAACUAAAUUACAUUCCAGAAAGUAUCAUGCUUGAGGGCCGCUUAUUUUCUUAGCCAUCGUUUUGUCUUCGUUUUUCUGGGCAGAAAGGCGAAUUCCUGGACCGCUCCGCGACUAGCCACGCUCGAGCCCGGCACUUGGGAGCCAUGGCAACCGGGCACUUCGCGGAGUCGGCCCUCUCCGCAGCCCGCCCGCGCUGGCCGUCGGCUGCCAAGCCGAACUACAUUCUGAAAUCCACGCUGGUGGGACAUACGGGAGCCGUAUCGUCCGUGAAGUUCAGUCCUAAUGGAGAAUGGCUGGCCAGUUCUUCUGCUGAUAAGCUAAUUAAAAUCUGGAGAGUCUGUGAUGGAAACUAUGAGAAAACAUUACACGGCCACCGUCUGGAAGUAUCAGAUGUUGCCUGGUCCUCCGAUUCCAUUCGUCUUGUUUCUGCCUCGGAUGAUAAGACUCUAAAGAUAUGGGAUGUGAGGGCUGGGAAAUGCUUGAAAACACUAGAGGGGCACCGUGAUUACGUCUUUUGUUGUAAUUUCAACCCGCCAUCCAGCCUCGUCAUUUCAGGGUCUUUUGAUGAGACUGUGAAAAUAUGGGAGGUGGACACGGGCAAGUGCCUCAAGACUCUGUCAGCUCACUCUGACCCCGUUUCCGCUGUUCAUUUUAAUUGUAGUGGGGCCUUGAUGGUGUCAGGUAGUUACGAUGGUCUCUGCAGAAUCUGGGACGUUGCAUCAGGUCAGUGCUUAAAAACACUGGUUGAUGAUGAUAACCCUCCCGUCUCUUUUGUACAAUUUUCGCCAAAUGGUAAAUAUAUUCUCACAGCAACUUUGGACAAUACUCUUAAACUCUGGGAUUACAGCCGAGGCAGAUGCCUGAAGUCCUACACUGGUCAUAAGAAUGAGAAAUACUGCAUAUUUGCCAAUUUCUCAGUUACUGGCGGAAAGUGGAUUGUGUCUGGGUCAGAGGACAACCUGGUUUACAUUUGGAACCUUCAGACGAGGGAGGUCGUACAGAGAUUACAAGGUCAUACAGAUGUCGUGAUCGCAGCAACUUGCCAUCCUGUGGAAAACAUCAUAGCAUCAGCAGCAUUGGAAAAUGACAAAACUAUUAAGCUAUGGAUGAGUGACUACUAAACCCUUUGGAAAUUUAGUAGAGCCAUGUUAGCAGAAAACUUGGGGUAUUUUAAAAGAUUGUUUCUUUGAAUUUAGGCAUAGUUUUGGAUUUUUUUAAACUGUCUUUGAUUGCAAUAUUUUAGGAGACUUACUACCUAAAUUUACAAAGCAAGGUGGUUGCAAAAGCCAGCGCAGAACUUGGGGUUUCUGACUGCAAAUCCUGAGGCCGCGAUGAAUCUCUGUGGCAGUACCUGUUGUACUCCUCUCCGUGACUGUUCCAGUCUAUUUGAGCAAUGCUUAGGUGUAAAGCUGACCAGACAGGAGACCUGAUUAAGUGAGAGGAUGUUUGGAGGAAGUCCAGGCUUCUUGGUUUGGGAGAUGGGCGGAGGAAGUCUGCAACCGUGGUAGGGACUUGGGGAUGCAGACCAGGUGCUACCCACACUUCGAGCGGCAUCCUGCAGCGCACGCAGAACAGCACGUGCUGAAACUAAGUCUGUACAUUGAAAAAGAAGUCCAAGCUCGUUCAUCAGUAUCAAUAUCGAGACAAAAAACUGAAAAGGUAAACAACCGGUACUUGGCUUGGCUUCCCAAAGGUCCUCACUACCUUGCCAGGCCGCGCCCUCUGGUGAUUUGCAGGUGAGGGGAGUAGUGUGAAUGCGUUCCCUCACGUGUUGUCUGACCUGCUGACGACCCCUCAUUCACAUGCAGCAGUUUGACCUGCCUGCCUGCAACCACAGCGGACAACCAGGCUUCUUUCUCUAGUUCUGUUACACGGUUCACAGCAGAUCGCUUACCAAUUUGUACUGCCCUGUUUGGUGAGUCAUGAUGCCACCAGAUGCUCUGUGGAACGAAAAGUCUGUUUUAUUCAUCUCUGUAGAAAACCGUGUUUAUGGGGGGAAAGUGAGGACAUGAUGCCAGGGGCUUACGUGGAGAGCAAAUGUUUUGAGAAUGAUGAGGGCAAUGAAUGUACAAAU